GCAUGAUAUAGGGAGUGCGACGAGGGGGGAUUCAAGUAUACCGAGUACGUUGUCAGGGCACAGCAUAUUUUUCAGGGCUGUUGUUCCUCGCCAACUAGCCCUAACCGGCCAGCUGGCGUGACUCCGUGCUGAGAAGUUUCAUCACAUCGCCCCAGAAGCAUUGAGAUUUGAAGGGCUGAUAACUAACUGUCAUAGCCAAAAUGUCAACAAAUAAGAAUCUGAUGACAGAACUGAUGAAAGCUGAUUUGUAUGGCAUGCUUGGUGUUGAACACACAGCUGGAGAGAAGGCCAUCAAGCAGGCUUACAGGAAAACAGCACUGAAAUGUCAUCCAGAUAAGAACCCCGAUGACCCAAAAGCUGCAGAAUUGUUCUUGAAACUAUCCAAAGCUUUGGAGAUUUUGUGCGAUGCCGAUGCGCGGAAAACGUACGAUCACUUGCUGAAGGCAAGACAAGCAGCUGCAUUGAGAAAUAGAGAGCUUGAUAGUAAACGCAAAAGGCUGAAAGAGGACCUUGAAGCUCGUGAGAGGGCGGCAGAGACAAACAAGGUCGACAUUCAGAAAGACAUGGCCAAAUUGCAAGCAGAAAUAGAGCGGCUGAGAAAGCAAGGCUCCAGAAUGCUUGAAGAGGAACAAGAACUCAUGAGAGAAGAGUUGAAGAAAGAGAAAGAAGGACGGCAUGUGGAAGAUUCAGACGGAUGUGAUGGCUGCAGACUAAAGGUUAGGUGGAAAGGCUCUCAUGGUGUGGAGGGCACCGAGGGCUACGACCAUGAUAAACUGAUCUCGAUAUUCUCGAAAUAUGGUGAGGUGGCCGCUAUUGUAGUCUCAAAAAAGAAAAAAGGCAGUGCGCUUGUGGAAUUUUCCGACCCGCGAGCGGCACUGAGGGCGUCACAGUUCGAGAGGGGCUUGGCCGGCUGCCCGCUGACUGUGGACCUCAUUGGCGCGCGCCAAAGUGAGGUGAAACCUACCACUGGAAUGGCGUCGUCGUCAAGCGAGCCUCCGCUGUCUCAAUCUUCCUUCGAUACGUUCGAGAGCCUUGUGCUUCGAAAUCUUCGACAGGCUCAAGAACGCAAGAAGCUCCUUGAAGAGAUCAAGAGUGAAGAUAGUUAGGUGCAAAACUGGGCGUAAUGCUGCCGGCGUAGAAAGUAAAUAAUUUCAAAUGUGUUUCAAAACCAUUAUGUGCCGUUUGUAAGACAACAAACAUAUCGAUCAGAUUGUUUGUAUCGAACGGGAGCUUUCGAGAUCAUUGGGACCCCUUCGUCAGCCGUAGUCAGAUAAUGAUAGGAAAACAGAUUCAGGCACGUAUUGAGAAAAAUCUACUGCGACUAUCCCAAAAGCUCCCGAUCAGUACAAACAAGCUCUUUGAGAUGCUAACCUUCGUACAUCUGCUAUGUGCCAGCUCAAUAAUAUUUGGAAACUCAUUAUGUUGCAUUGUUGUGUUUUGAGUGCGAAACACCUCUUCAUUAAGAGUCUUAAAGCGGGGUUUCGCGUGAAGUCGUUCUCGCUUUUUUUGUGCUCGAAGUGCAACGAUCACUCGAUGACAUUGUGUGUUUGCAUAUGUAAAGUAAUCGUCCUAUCACCCAUUUGCAGCGUCGCUAUGUUACCCGCAUACCCGUGUCACUCCCAGCUUCACAUGUAAAAAUAUAUCGACAU